GGCAGCCCACUACCCCCGACCCCCACCUUCUUCUCCCGACACCUCCCACCCUCGGCGGCGCCUCACCAUCACCCACCACCGCGGCGCCCCACCUCCACCCCAACCCCCAGCGCCCCAUAACCACCCCACCCCUCUUCCUCCUGGCCGGCGCUGCCGCCCAUCCUCUUCCUCCCAGUCGGGCCCGCCGCGCCUCCUCUUCCUCACGGCCGAGGCCGCCGCGCUUCCUCUUGCUCCCGGAAUCGCCACCGCCCCUGGAUCCCCUUCCUUCUUCCACCUUUCUUCAACGCCCACGGCUAGCCCACUGUGCCUCUCCUAGUCAUUGCAUCCCUCGCAGAUCCUCCUCGGCGUUGCCCAGAUCCAGUGGAGCACGCGCCCGAUUAGCAACCGGGCUUUGGUGGCCGGGGGUGACCGUUGUCAGAGGAGGAGGUUGGGGGAAGGAGCGGACCACGAGACUCGGCAGAUGCGCGUAUGAGGGGAGCUGGUGAGCCUGCCGCGGCGCCGAGGAUCGCAGGUUCUGAAGGUGGCCGGAGAUCACCGUCCUCCUCUCUCUUUAGUGGAGCCUGCUGCCCGAUGAGGGCGAGUAGUGGAGCCUGCCACCCGAUGCAGUUCGAUUGGGUCCUCCCUUGCAUGAGCAGCCCAAGGCGCGUUGCUGGAGCAGUACACAAUAACAGUACAAUACAGUUCGUGGGCGCGCCAGCAACGACCGCAACAACGCAGCCCACCCCAAAAUGCGACCAACGACGGCAGCAACGCAUCCCACCCCAAAUGCGAGCGACGGCAAGGAUUGGCCAAUGCAGUGCGUGCGUGCACUUCAGCUUGUCUGUUUUGUUUGAAGAUUUUAUUGCUUAUAAUGGCAGCGAUUCAUUUGUAAAAAAGUGGUGGAACUUCGAUGCAGCUCAUUCCAGAAAACUCUGUGGUUCAGUUCAAAAUUUGUGUCUCGGUUUUGUUGUUCUUGCAGUAGGGGGUAACAUCAAAAGGCAAAAAGAAGAAGUGAAAAUACAGAUGCAGUUCUCUGCCUAGUGUGGUUCUGCUCGGUACUAGAUGUAUCUGCAAUACAGAUGUCUAUGAAUUUGUUUGAAGAAGACAAAGUAGUUGACUCCAAA